AUGCCAAGGGAGAUAAUCACAGUUCAAGCCGGCCAGUGCGGAAACAGCAUUGGAAGCCAGUUCUGGCAACAGCUUUGCCAGGAACACGGAAUUAGUCAAGAUGGGAAUCUAGAAGAAUUCGCCACAGAAGGCGGUGAUCGAAAGGAUGUCUUUUUCUACCAAUCAGAUGACACAAGAUACAUACCUAGAGCUAUUUUGAUUGACUUAGAACCAAGAGUUAUUAAUGGGAUUCAAACGGGCCCUUACAAAAACAUCUACAACCCUGAGAACUUUUUUGUUGGAAAUAACGGGGUUGGGGCAGCGAAUAAUUGGGGAGAUGGAUAUCAGAGUGGAGAAACUCUACAUGAAGAUAUCAUGGAAAUGAUUGAUCGGGAAGCAGAUGGAAGUGAUUCACUAGAAGGCUUCAUGAUGCUUCAUUCAAUUGCUGGAGGAACAGGCUCGGGACUUGGGUCAUUUCUUCUCGAAAGGCUUAAUGAUCGAUUUCCAAAGAAGAUCAUUCAGACAUAUUCAGUCUUUCCAGACACAACUAACUCAGGCGAUGUUGUUGUUCAUCCAUACAACAGUCUCCUAUCAAUGCGAAGACUUACGCAGAACGCCGACUCUGUUGUCGUACUUGAUAACGGUGCGCUGUCUAGAAUAGCGGCUGACCGGCUCCAUGUGCAAGAACCUUCCUUUCAACAGACUAAUCAACUCGUUUCGACAGUCAUGUCAGCAAGCACUACAACUUUACGAUAUCCGGGAUACAUGCACAAUGAUUUAGUCAGCAUAGUUGCAUCUCUCAUUCCGACUUCGCGCUGUCAUUUUCUCAUGACAUCUUAUACUCCAUUUACUGCACACAAUGUCGAACAAGCUAAAACAGUACGUAAAACGACUGUUCUGGACGUUAUGCGCCGGUUACUUCAGCCUAAAAACCGAAUGGUGUCAACUAUUCCCGGGAAAAAAAGUUGUUACAUCUCUAUCCUUAAUGUAAUCCAAGGCGAUGUUGAUCCUACUGAUGUUCACAAAAGUUUGCUAAGGAUAAGAGAACGGAAAUUGGCAACUUUCAUUCCGUGGGGACCGGCAAGUAUUCAAGUAGCCUUAACGAAAAAGAGUCCAUACAUACCAAUGAACCAUCGCGUAAGCGGGCUCAUGCUAGCCAAUCACACAAGCAUUGCCACUUUAUUCAAGCGAAUCGUUCGACAAUACGAUGGUAUGCGGAAGCGAAAUGCAUUUAUGGAAGGAUACAAAAAAACCGCUCCAUUUUCCGAAAACUUGGAUGAAUUUGAUGAGGCUAGAGAAGUAGUAACAGAUCUCAUUACAGAGUAUGAGGCCGCUGAAGAUGCUGAUUACCUGAAUCCCCCCGAGGCAAAGAUAAGGCAACAAGAGACUCAAGAAGUAAAGUGA